GACCGCGCGAGCGAGCAGGCGACGGGCGAGCAGCUAGCGGAGCAGCAGCCCGGGCGGCAGCAGCGUCGCGGCGGCGGCGGCGGCCGCUCCGCGCCUCGCCUCACCGGCCUCGCCGGCCUCACCUCGCCGCACCCGGACCCGCCACCCCCGCCUCCCCGCCCGACCUCCGCAGCCCCUCGUCUCGGCCGGCAGCGCCCACCGCCUGCCCGAAGCGAGGAGCAGAGUGCGGGGCGCAGAGGCACCGGAGCCAGUGCCCGCCGGCCCCGCAAACCAAACCUAGCCGGGAGAACCCCCGCCUGGCCCCGCGCAGCUCCGCGACCGCCGGGAGCUGUCCCUUCAGCACCGCCGCGGGAGCCCGAGUCCCAGCGCAGCCCAGCGGAACCCCAGCUGGAGCCCGGGCGCACCGAGAGCAGGGCUCGGCGUUAGCCGCACGAGAAACACCCCGGGUGCCCCUGCCCAGGGGGCCCGCCAUCUCCAGGAGGCGGGGAGAAAGAACGAGGAGGGCGGGCAGGCAGGCGGGCCCGCCGCCGGGGGGAGCAGGCAGCCAAGCAAGGAGAGAGGGAGGGGGCCGGAGCCCGCCCUGCGUCCCGAGCUGCAGCCCGGCCACGCAGGGAAGAAGGCAGGCGGCAUCCAUCUCCCCCGCGCCGAGAGCGCGCCGCGGCGACCACCGCACAGAGGAGCGCGAAUUUCCCGGCCCGGUCUCCUCCCCUCCCCCUCCCGGGGGCUGGCCUCUAGUCCGGCCCUAGGAGCGGCUGACCUUCCCCCCAAAAGCUUUGUGCCUAUUUCUCCAUUUUCCCGCGGAGAUGGGAACGGGAGACCGGCCCCCCAACCCUCUUUCCCCUCCUCCGGGGUCUCACCGCUGAGCCCGCCCCUCUCCCUCUUUCCCCCUCCCUCUCUCCCUCCCUUUCUCCCUGCCUUCUUUCCUCCUUUGCCUCCUCCGCUGCCGGACCAGCUCCCUCCCACAUCUGGCGCCUAGAGACCCUUGGGAUCCUGCACACUCCCCUGGACCCGCACCCGACGGAAAGCGCCCAGAGAGGCUUGGCUCGCUCGUUGGGGUGGCCAGAGCCGCGGACCUCUGUUCCCCCCGACGGCUGGGGGGAGGGGGGAAGAGGCCGCGCGCCCCCCUCCCCGGCGCCAACUCCCCCUGGCGGCCGCUCCCAUGGGUGUCGCUGGGCCGCGCCAUGCCUAAGGGGGCGCCGCGAUGGGCCAAGGGGACGAGAGCGAGCGCAUCGUGAUCAACGUGGGUGGCACGCGCCACCAGACGUACCGCUCGACCCUGCGCACGCUGCCCGGCACGCGGCUCGCCUGGCUGGCGGAGCCCGACGCCCACAGCCACUUCGACUAUGACCCGCGUGCAGACGAGUUCUUCUUCGACCGCCACCCCGGCGUCUUCGCGCACAUCCUGAACUACUACCGCACGGGCAAGCUGCACUGCCCGGCCGACGUGUGCGGGCCGCUCUACGAGGAGGAGCUGGCCUUCUGGGGCAUCGACGAGACCGACGUGGAGCCCUGCUGCUGGAUGACGUACCGCCAGCACCGCGACGCCGAGGAGGCGCUGGACAGCUUCGGCGGCGCGCCCCUGGACAACAGCGCCGACGACGCGGACGCCGAGGGCCCCGGUGACUCGGGCGACGGCGAGGACGAGCUGGAGAUGACCAAGCGCCUGGCGCUCAGUGACUCCCCCGAUGGCCGGCCUGGCGGCUUUUGGCGCCGCUGGCAGCCGCGCAUCUGGGCGCUCUUCGAGGACCCUUACUCGUCCCGCUACGCGCGGUAUGUGGCCUUCGCUUCCCUCUUCUUCAUCCUGGUCUCCAUCACCACCUUCUGCCUGGAGACACAUGAGCGCUUCAACCCCAUCGUGAACAAGACGGAGAUCGAGAACGUUCGCAAUGGCACGCAAGUGCGCUACUACCGGGAGGCGGAGACGGAGGCCUUCCUCACCUACAUCGAGGGCGUCUGUGUGGUCUGGUUCACCUUCGAGUUCCUCAUGCGUGUUGUCUUCUGCCCCAACAAGGUAGAGUUCAUCAAGAACUCGCUCAACAUCAUUGACUUUGUGGCCAUCCUGCCCUUCUACCUGGAGGUGGGGCUGAGCGGCCUGUCCUCCAAGGCUGCCAAGGACGUGCUGGGCUUCCUGCGCGUCGUCCGCUUCGUGCGCAUCCUGCGUAUCUUUAAGCUGACCCGCCACUUUGUGGGCCUGCGGGUCCUGGGCCACACGCUCCGCGCCAGCACCAACGAGUUCCUGCUGCUCAUCAUCUUCCUGGCCCUGGGCGUGCUGAUCUUCGCCACCAUGAUCUACUACGCCGAGAGGAUAGGGGCACAGCCCAACGACCCCAGCGCCAGUGAGCACACGCACUUUAAGAACAUCCCCAUCGGCUUCUGGUGGGCCGUGGUCACCAUGACGACCCUGGGCUACGGAGACAUGUACCCGCAGACGUGGUCCGGCAUGCUGGUGGGGGCCCUCUGCGCACUGGCGGGCGUGCUCACCAUCGCCAUGCCCGUGCCCGUCAUCGUGAACAAUUUCGGGAUGUAUUACUCCUUAGCCAUGGCUAAGCAGAAACUACCAAAGAAAAAAAAGAAGCAUAUUCCGCGGCCACCGCAGCUGGGAUCUCCCAAUUAUUGUAAAUCUGUCGUAAACUCUCCACACCACAGUACUCAGAGUGACACAUGUCCGCUGGCCCAGGAAGAAAUUUUAGAAAUUAACAGAGCAGAUUCCAAACUGAAUGGGGAGGUGGCGAAGGCCGCGCUGGCGAACGAAGACUGCCCCCACAUAGACCAGGCCCUCACUCCCGAUGAGGGCCUGCCCUUUACGCGCUCGGGCACCCGCGAGAGAUACGGACCCUGCUUCCUCUUAUCAACCGGGGAGUACGCGUGCCCACCUGGUGGAGGAAUGAGAAAGGAUCUUUGCAAAGAAAGCCCUGUCAUUGCUAAGUAUAUGCCGACAGAGGCUGUGAGAGUGACUUGACCAGGCGGCUUGGCCGAGGACACUGGUGGCUAUUAAGCAUCUGGGUGGAUCUGCAGCCCCUCCUCACCCUCGGACAGAGUAAAUUCACGCCAUGCAGGUUUGCCGGACGAGUCCGAGUGGCCCAGGCAUUGUACUAGGACGGACGUAGCUUUUUCUACGGCCAAAUGGUAACUGACCGUAGAGGAUUUCUUUUCCUUCUUUUCAUUUUUUAAAAUUUUAUUUUAUUUGGGGAGGGGGGGUGGAGGGGCUCCUUAGCAUGACUUGCAUGAAGUUAAACAGAAAACCCAGCCAACCAAACCCACCAACCCCCUGCAACUGUAUGAUUGCCCUGAACAACAAUAACGAAAAGAAAAACAUCAAAA